ACAGUGGCCAACAGAUAUCAUCACCGUUAUGUUCACCAAUUACUGGGUUGGCCUAAUUAAUGAGGAUACACUAAAAUGUUAUUUUUCAUUUUGCUAUCUUAAGUUAUAUCAAUAUACUAGCCUUUACCGCCGAUUUGUUAGUAGCGCGAACUUCGUCGGAUGGUUGGCAAAUCGUAGUCGGGAUGUCAACGCUCAGCUGAAAGCACAGUACGUGGAAGCAUUGUGCUCAGCAGAUCUUGGUGAAUAUUUUAUUUGCGCAAAUAGGCGCAUCAAAGUGACAAACAGUGAAGUGUGAGU